AUGCCCCCCACUUUGCACCGCUUCCUCGUCCGCAACAUGUCAUCUUCCUCCAUCUCCCAGGGUACCACCCGACCGAGCACGGGCACGGGCAUGGGCACGGGCACGAGCACCAGCAGCCGGUUCAACCGCGAAGUCGCGCCCCCUAUCCAUCGAGGCAUGACCGAGUUGGACCGCUCGCGAUUCUCGACCCGGUUACGCUUCGUUGCGGCCAAGAUCCCGGCGAAUGAGACGGGCAGGUUCAGGGAUGGCGUCGCAAAGUCGUAUGUGAUCCGAUCAACUCGGCGGCUCUCACUCUCGGGAAAGGCACGGACUGAUCCAGUCAGCUCCCGGUCCCUCACUUGUGCGGCUAUCAACAGCUCCCUCAUUAGGAUUCCAAGACUUCCAGCAGUGGUCAAUGAUCCCGACACGCAGACGCAUCGACGGGUCAUCCUCCAACUUCCGAGAGAAGGUAAGGCUCGAGAAGGUUUCUGUGUACGAGACUCUUCCUACGCGAGAUGAUGUUUACCCUGUCAGCCGUCACUCAAAGUCGUAGGAAUGAGAUCGUACGAUGGCACUCACAAACUUUGACUUCUCUACCGCACGCUUGGCUUCCAUAGAAAUCACAAAGGACUCCCCACUUCAACGAGCGCUCGAUGAACUCGAGGGCUCGUGGGUCGACCACGACAUCACGUUAGACUACGAGUAUUGGUCCGCAGGUGAGCGAGGUGGUCAAUUAUGAGAAGCGACGUCACGAAACUCAUGUUUCGAGAUGAGUUCAUUGUGCUACAGACCAAAUCCUACAGUCGAUCCUGCCCGAAGAUUUGCUCGAUGAAUCGCCGACGUCGUUCACCCAAGUCGGUCAUAUUGGUGGGAUGGGUCCCUCAACUUCAGCUAUUGAGUAUGCUAUACCUUAUUGAAGCUCAUACUUUCUCUCAGCCCACCUCAAUCUCCGAGACGAGUACCUGCCGCAUCGCCAUUUAAUCGGUCAGAUCAUCCUCGAUGCAAGUUCCCAUCACGCCCGACAAACGACGAGUCGAAUUCGACCACCGCGUAUGCUGACGCUGCUCACUCCUACAGAAAAAUAAGGCGGUGCGUACGGUUGUCAAUAAGCUCGACACGAUCGACAACGAGUUCCGCAACUUUGCCAUGGAGGUCCUCGCCGGUCCCGCCGAAUUCGUCGUCACGACCUCGGAAAGCGGCUGCACCUUCACAUUCGACUUUUCACAAGUCUACUGGAACUCGAGGUUGCAGAUGGAGCAUCUGAGAUUAGUGGAGAGCUUUGAUCCCAAGGAUGUCCUUGUUGAUGCGUUCGCUGGGGUCGGACCGUUCGCGAUCCCGGCGGGCAAGAAGGGGUGCGGUGUUUCGGCGAGCGACCUGAACCCUGCUAGUGCUAGUGCGUUGAAGGAGAAUGCAACGGCCAAUAAAGUGAGCCCUGCGAGAUUUUGUCUUAAAGCCGUGAGCUGACUCGCAGGUUGGCGUGCCCCGUACCCAGGUCGACCAUAUUGUCCGAACGGGUAACGCCGACGGGAGGGAUUGGAUCCGCCAAUCCGUUCUCAACAUUUGGAAUACACCCUUCCCAGCGUAUACACCACCCUUAUCCGCCAAAGCCCGAGGCAAACUAGCUCGUUGUGCCAACGACCCCAAGGCUUCUCGAUCUACCACCCCUUCUCCCCAAAAGCCAACCUCAGUAGCCCCUGUCGACCUUGGUCCACCUCGACGAUUAGUCGAUCAUUUCGUGAUGAACCUUCCUGAGUUGGCGAUCACAAUGCUGGACGCUUACAGAGGUUUGUAUCACGAACUGUACAAGAUGCCUGGGGCGAGGCAGGCGAUUGAAGAGAGGGGUGAGGAGGGGUUGCCGAUGGUGCAUUGCUAUUGCUUCACCAAGGAUAUGGACGACCAAGAAGGAGACAUCUUGGCAGUGAGUAUACCUUAAUCGGUCAUGCUAUGUCGUGCUUUGUUGAAAACUCGAUUUGACAUUCUCUUCCUUUGGACAUCUGACCAGCGAGCGUCCCAAGCGCUCGGGAUGCCGGUGACGAAGGAAGCGAGAGACUACAAGAUGAGGUUCGUGAGGGACGUUGCACCCAAGAAGGAGAUGUAUUGUUUGGAGUUUAGGUUAUCCAAGGAGAUGGUGGAAUGA